AUGGUCGAAGUUCGUCAAGCAGAAGCAAAUUUAAAAGAUGCUGGUCACAUCAUGGAGCUCGUUCGAGAACUGGCUGAAUUCGAAAAAAUGCCAGAUCAAGUUAAAAUAAACGAAGAAAUAAUGGCGAAAGACUUGGCUAGAGAUGCGGUCAAAGUAAAGUUAGCAUUUGUCGAUGGAAAACUGGCUGGAAUGGUUUUGUACUUUUAUAUUUAUUCGAGCUGGGAAGGGCAGGUAAGUAAAUGUGAUUAUAAACUUUUCCAGAAUAGUCCCCCCCCUACUCAUUUAUAAUCUUUUAUUUAGGGAAUCCACAUGGAAGACUUGUACAUAAAACAAGAGUUUAGAAGACAAGGCGUUGCUAAGAUUUUGGUAAAAGAAUUGGCUAAAGAAGCUCAUGAAAAGAAGAUGCCAAGGAUCAACUGGACGUGUUUGAACUGGAAUCAAAAUGCAAGGGAUUUUUAUCAUAAGGUGAGCAUAUGCUACAUAAUUCUCUUACGUUUAAAAUCUAAAAUUUUUCGCUUUUUGUAGACUUGUAAAAAAUCUUAGUUUUCGUUGCCGGACUUAAGCUGUGGCACUUGUUUAGUUUGCUGGGUCUUUGGUUUAGGAUUCCGUCAUCGUGCCAACAUGA